CGUAAUAAUGAGAGGGUUCGCCAUCAUAGACUUCAUCACUUGUUGGAUAGUGCAGCUAAACAUGUGCCAAAACUUCCUGACAAAAAAGAAACUAAAGUACAUAAACUUCGACGUAUUAUUCUGUACUUGAAGUAUGUAACCAAUUUGAAGGAAAAGUGGGAAAUAAGUUCCAAGACAAGUGAGAAAAAAAUAAUGGAUAAAAAAUGCGAAGACACAUGUAGUUUGAAGGAAAUGCCACUUGUGAAGCAUACAAAAGCUAACAUUAUAUUUUUGAGUAAUAAACUAGAACAUCUGAAGAAACAUCAGCCAAUGGAAGAUGAAUCAGAAGCUCAAGUGCCGAAGAGUGAAGUUGUAAGCAAUGCUUUUCUGGAUAAUUACGAAGUGAAAAAUUAUGCUGAAGGUUACAGUUUAUGGGAAUUAAAGGAAGAUAGAAUACCUUCUCACUUGAAUGAUAAGAUUUGUUUGGAGAAUUCAGUCACAGAUCAAGUAAAGAGCAUGCAAAGCUUAGAUGCUGCAAAAUGUUCAGCUAGAAAGACAAAGAAGCCAAGAAGAGAGGCAGUAUGUAAAUCCAUCAGAAGUGCAGGUUUUAGAAAGUCUAGUAAUAAGCAUCAAAACAAUCCAAAAGACUUACAUAUUCCUCAUGAAAGCAUUGAUAGCUUCAAUCACAUGAAUUCAGUUAAUCACACUCAUUCUGCAGGUUUUAAGUCUUUGUUCAAGCCUUUUGAUUGUGCUAAUGGAUUUAAUUUAGAAACCAAUUUGAAUUCUAGAGAGUUUAACAGUAAUCAUUUUCGAAAUAUGUUAUUCCCUGAAACGCUUCUAUGUAGCACAUUGGCUAAUAGAGAUGGAAUAGAGAAUAGGGCUUCGAACAUUGGACAGUGUUCGAAGCAUGUAAACCUCGACAAUGAGCAUUGGAGAAGGAAAAAUUUUGAAGAAACUCCUGAAAACAUGGAAUGUUUGAGUGCAACUCGUUAUUUAAUGAAGAAUUUGUCUUCUGGUUCAAGUGAAACUAUGGAAGAUGAUUUUGAUGGUUUUAUGGAAAAUUUUAGCGACUUCAAUAGUAUGACAUUUAAAUAUGGUUCUGUAGACAAUAAGAGUAGUAUGGAAACCUUCAGCUCUUCUUGUGAUGAGGAUUCCUUUGCAGAGAAUGCAAAAAUGCUAAAUAUUUCUGAACAAUCUCCAAGUAAUACUUACAUAAAUUGUAACAAUCCAUUUAGAAGGAACCCCAGUUACUUUUUUCCUGCUCAGCGGAACGAGAUGAGUUUCAUAGAAGCUACUGAUGUAAAAAAUAAUAAUUAUGAUGAUUUUUUCGUUCCGGAAAACAACUCGGCUCUUAGCACAGAAAAUGAUGAUAAUUGGCUGUAUUUGCAUUCAAUAAAGCAAGAGCAAGGCAUGAAUUGCCAACAAAAAUCUCUAUAUGAGCCUAUAAACUUGGAGCCGUAUUUACCAUUAACUGAAGUUAGCACUUCAUUUAAUUUUAUGAAUAAUUCAGAAUUUUAAGUUUUAUGAAUUUUUUUUUUUGCAUAUUUAAAGUUUUCUAUCAAAGUGCAAAACUUUCAUUUUUUAAGUGUAUUGUAGUUUAUAUGGAUUUUUCACUUUUAAGAAAAGAUGAACUCUUUUUCAUGAUUUGAGUUUGCUGGAUCCCAUUUGUUUGCAGAACUUAUUAAAGAAAUUUUAUAAAAAUGAGGGAUCAGUUUGGCAGCAAGCUAUUUUAUUUGUGAGAUAAAUAUUUUACAUUUUUAUAGUACUUCUUAAUUACAUGCUUGAGUGUAUCUUAAUUUUUAAAAAAAGUUUUAAAUGUGUCAUAUCUUUGUAUCUCACAAUUGGCUUUAAAUUUCCUCUCAAUACAUUAUCAAAAUUCAUAAUGUUAAUUGUAAUGAGAUCAGGUGAAAAGCAUUUGUGGAGGAGAAGUGGAAAGAUUGGUCCUAUUCCAAGCUUAAAUCUGAAUAAGUGAAAAACGUACAUACACAAAUAUAAUCUACUAAUUUUUGUUUUGCGUUUUCAGUCAUUAUUUUAAGAAUGGUUUAUCUUUGGGUACACAAAUUAAAACAUCUCUUAUCUAUUCAUUUGCUGCUCUUUUCCUUUUAUUUUAAUUUUCUCAAUUUAUUGUUCACUAAGAAAUGCGUGCUGAAAGCAUAUUUAUGUAUCAUAAUACAUUUUUCUCUUAUGAUGUUACACGCAUAAACAUACCUCGUUAGGAGAAGAACUAUUGAAUGUUGAUGAAAUUUUGAGGAUUUGUGAAUUAAGUAUGAUGUAAGAAAGAACUAGCACAUUUAAUUUAUUUAUUGAUAGUUAUUGCUUUUUUUUAAAGUGGUUAAUCUUUUAAAAGCCCUCGUGCCCAUGGACAACUAGUAUCAAUUUUUAGAUUUUUUUUUUGUGAUUGUUUUGUGUCAUAAUGUGAAACAGUUCUUUCUAUAUAACAUGUUAAUAUAUAACUUUUUAUGAAUAUUUAUUAUAUUUAAGUAAUUUCUAAAAAGUGUUUUUUAUUUAUUAAGUUAGUGUUUGUAACAAAAUAUAAGUGUUUAUUUUAUGCUACUUUACUCAAGGAGCAAAGGAAAGAACAUUAUUUAUUUUAUAUUUUGACUAUACUCUUAAAAUCCAAAAUUUAAACCAAUGUAUUUCCAGGUUUUGUCAGCACAACAACAAUAGACUAUUUGAAGCAUUGAUUUACUGUGCAUUGAUACAUGUAUUCUGGUUUAUUUAUUUAUUGAAGAAGACAAACCAUUACUUUUAUUUCUUAAAAAUUGUGAUAAUUGUUACAAUAA